AUGCACUUUUUUCCUCCAUUUUAUGGAUGUUAUUUAUUAAAAUCAGAAACAACAAAGAGAACAUAUAUUGGAUCGACAAGUAAUCCUUUUAAUAGAUUAAGACAACAUAAUGGGGAAAUUGUGUCAGGAGCACAAAAAACAGUAAAAGGACGCCCUUGGAAUAUUAUUUGUCUUGUUUAUGGAUUUCCUUCGGUGGUUUCUGCUUUGCAAUUUGAAUGGGCAUGGCAGAAUCCAUAUAAAACAAUUAAAAUUCAAAAAGAGGAGAAAAAUCGGCUUCAAACUGAUCUUAAUCAUAAUUGUGAUGAAGAAGUGAAAUUUCCUAAGCAGGGAUCAUAUGUUUCUAUAAAAAGAAGGUUAUUUAUUUUGUAUAAUAUGUUGACAAUGAAUGCAUGGAAAAGAUGGCCUCUUAAAAUUAGAAUUUUUGAUGAAAGAGCAAAGAAAUUAUGGGAAACAUUAGACGAUACGAUAAAUACGAAAAUAAUGCCAUGUAUGACAUUAGAAUAUGAUAUAAUUCUUGAUAGUACAAAAAGAAAAAAAAAAAUAAAUAUAAACAAUUCAAGUAAUAUAGAAAAUAAUGAUUUAUUAAAUCCAGAAGAAAUGGGAAAUAAAGGAUAUCAUGCUUUAAAAAAAAUUAAUAUUAUAAUAGAUGAAAUGUCACAAAUUGCAUUUAGAAUUUUUGAAAAAAUUAAAGAAAAAAAUAACAAUAUAUGUAUAAUUUGCAGAAAUAUAUGUGAAUUCCCGGAAUUAGAUUCAGAUGAUGCUGCAUUAAUAUAUUCUCAACUAAUUAUUUGCCCAAUAGAAGAUUGUUUACAUGUGUUUCAUCUAUUAUGUCUAGCAAAAUCUAUACAAACUUCUGAAACAGAAAACGACGUUUUAAUUAGUCGCUAUAAUUGUCCUUCAUGUCAAAAAAGUAUUAUUUGGGGAGAUUGUAUUCGUCUUCAAUAUUGUAUACUGAGAAAAAUAAAUGCUAAUUUAGAAGAAAUUGAGAUUUAG